AUGACAUCUCAUUACUUCAACGAGGAGGAUCCAUCUUCUCCUAUUUCUCCUACGCAGGAUUUUUUUGUUACAGAUAAUAACAGCAGUAGUAACAACAGCACAGAUACCCUUAUGGAUCAAACAGAUGGAAAUGGUCAGGUCAAGAUCCAUACUUCCGUUGUUCCUAAGCCAAGUCGGAAGCAGGACUCGAGAUCAUUAUCACAGACAUCACAGAUACCACAGAUACCACAGAUACCACAGACGCAUCCAGUAAAGACGCAAGCAGAGCUCGAAAAAGAGAAGUGGCAAGAGAUCCAUAGACAGGCCUGUGAGGCCAACCGUAAAAAAUACAUCGAUCCGAAAACUGGGUACACUGUCAUGACAGAACUCCUUCAUCGACGGAGAGGCUAUUGCUGCGGAAAUGCCUGUCGUCAUUGUCCGUAUAAUUAUGAGAAUGUUGGCGUAUCUCCACAAGUCAAGAUGGCUAAUAUUGCACGUGGAAAGCAACAGAGAGAAAAAAUUGAGGCAAUAGAAGGAAGGCCAAUUUGGGCUGACGACAAUUCGGAUGAUGCUGACAGUGAUUAG